AUGCCUAGACAAAGAAGGUCAGCUCCAGCUCCAAGACAACAAACUAGAUCAGCUCACACUGCUGCUGCUCCUCCGGCUUAUCAGCAACACCCACAACAUAGCCAAUACCCCGCUGCUCAUCCAGCUCAACCGCAAACACAAAGGCAACCAGGUUUGUUUGGACAAAUGGCCUCCACCGCUGCUGGUGUUGCAGUUGGUUCAACCAUUGGCCAUACCUUGGGUGCUGGUAUCACCGGAAUGUUUGGCGGAAGAUCAGAGGCUCCGCCAGUUGAGCAACAACAACAACAACAACAAGAUCUUGCUCCAUAUCAACAACAAAACUCUUACGCCACUCAGGAACAAGUAAGACAUUGUGAUGCCGAUGCUAGAAAUUUUACUAGAUGUUUGGAAGAGAAUGAUGGAAAUAUGCAAACAUGUGGGUACUACUUGCAACAAUUAAAAGCAUGUCAAGAGGCUGCUAGACAAUAUUAG